AUGUCAUCUAAAGAAUUCCUCUUCACAUUCGACGACGAUGACGACGACGACGAUGCGGUGAAGUCGCCUCCGCCCUUGACUGGCAGAAGUACUUCCACAAAAACCAUGACUGUUCCUGCGGUAUUUGUGUCGCAGUUUCCCGUGUACUCAUUGACAGCGCAGCUGUUGGAGAAUUGGGCCGAAUGCUAUCCAACGCACCCACGGGACAGGAUGGAGCUGCCGAGGGACGCAGCUGGAAUGAAUACUCCCCCCCUCGUCUACCAACGUGCUCCAGAUGCAUCGGAACUUACGACGGAGGGAGAUAAAUUGGAGCGAAGGGACAUUAUUCCCGGAAAGUACUACGGAGGGUUGAAGGUGUGGUCGUGUGCGCCGUAUCUUGUGGCGUAUAUGUUUGGGAACCGCGAUAUGUUUAGGCGUCUUUUUGAGAUUACCGACAGCCCCAUUGAAAGCACAACAGCAAGAAAAGUGCUGCCUGAUGGGCAGUUUGCAGGCACUUCUUUGGUGCAUCCCAUUGUUGCCGAGGUUGGGUGUGGACAAGGUCUUCCUGGAAUCGCUGCACUUCUCUUGGGGGCUCGACGCGUGAUAUUUCAGGAUUACAACGAGGAGGUGUUGGAGAUUUGUGUAAAGUCAAACAUUGGAGCUAAUUUGUUGCGCCACGCAGAGGUCGUUGCAUUGCGUGAGAAUUCGCUGCCAUCAUGUCUGCCAGUUGUGCAGAUGGUGUCUGGCGACUGGAGUCGUUUACAAUGGCAGGAUUGUGACGAUGGAACUGGAAAGAAAGCACAUGAUGUGCGCUGCAAAGUCGUGCUUGGAAGUGAUGUUACCUUUGAUGACGAGGCUUGCGAGAAGCUUGCUGAAAUGUUGGAACGUUGCCUUUCCCCGACAGCAGGGGUGGCAUACAUCGCCAGCAAGCAGUAUUACUUUGGUACAAAUGGUGGGGCGCUUGAGUUCCAAAAAUGUGCUGAAGGCCGCGGACUUCAGGUUGAGGAGGUAAGUCGCAUGGACGAAGCAGGUGGAAUGCAGCGACUGAUCAUGCGAGUGGAACGACGGGGGUAA